UUGUUGCUGGUGUCACUUUCUCAAUUUCUUGUGUUUGUUAACCCAGAUAGAUUGUUCACUGCCUGGUUCCGGUUUUUGACCCAGAUCCAUUUGAUGAGCUCACAGCUGGAGGUGAAUCAGUCUCGACAAGUUAAGCGUCAUUCUUGAUUGAAGAAUGAAAAGGAACAUGCUUUUUAUUUUACUCUUGAUGUGUUUGUUUCUCAGUCAUUCCAUAACAGCGCAGUUAACUGUUGGUGGUUGGUUUUUUCCAGUCUCCGUAGCUCCACCUGAUCCCAAGGAUAACACAGUUUACGAUGAAGAUGUCACGUUUCCAGAAGCUGAAGCUGUUAAUGUAACGCAUCAGGAAAUUAAAGAUUACUACGAAAAAGAUAAGCUGGAAAAAUGGAAUAAUCAGAAAAUACAAGCAGUUUAUAAAAAAAACUUAGACAAAGUGCACAGACAUCAUAACGACAAGGAGUAUACAUCAACCACUACUCAUGACCCACUUGAAAUUUCACACUCAAAACGGUUUCUUCCUCAAUCUGGAAUCGAAAAUUUAGUCCAUCCACCGUUAGGAGGAGAAACGCCGUCUGUAAACGAAGAGCCAAUUAUAACAAUGUCCAUGACACCAAUACAAAGCCUAAGUCAGCCGGAAGAAAUAUCAGCUGAAUUUUCAAAAAGCAGCGAUGCAAUAUUGGAAGUUAGCGCGACAACCGAAAAAGUCAGGACAACAAGAGUACCGUUUAUUUAUGAAAUUCCCAAGAAAUCAUUUGAUGAUCCCUUAUCGUCUGUUGAAAGGGAAAAAGAUAUGAUGAAAUUGAAAAGGGAUGUAUUUCGUCUGCGCAAUGAGAUGAAUCUGGUCAAAGCACUAUUGAAUAAGAUGUACAAGAGAAUGUACAGAAAACAGAGCGAUUUUCUAAAGAAGAGAAGUAUGCAUGAAAAGCAAUCAACUCGACUUUCUGCAGUUCAAGCAGAAGGAUCUAACAGUGCUGCAUUUGGAAGAGUUCAACGGAGAAAUCAUGUGCGGAAUGUCUGAUUUUGUAUUUUUAAUUAUAUUUGCAAUAAUCCUUUAUUCAAUUUGCCUGUUUAUUCUUAUUGUAAUCUAACGCUAAUGACACAGCUGCCAAAAUUUGAAAACGAAAAUAAAUGAAUAUAAAAAUUAGAAGACUGGA